AUGUCGGCUCCGGUGACGCUAAUACAAAAUGGCGUCACAUUCAAGAAAUGGUUCGCACGCUAUACCGACCUUUUCGAGAGCGACGCGCAGCAUUUGGAUGAUGCAGCCAAGGUCCGGCUGUUGCUGCGAAAAUUGGACACCGCUUCCCACAGUCGGUAUUUGAAUUACAUCCUUCCAAGGCUCCCUAAGGAUGUUACGUUCAAGGACACCGUGGAAACGUUAAUCAAAAUUUUCGGAGAACAAACCUCACUUUUCCGACGCCGGUUCCAGUGUCUCCAACUGGCGAAAAGCGAAGGAGACGACAUCAUAACCUACGGCGGAAAGGUAAACCGAGCGUGUGAAGAUUUCGAUUUUGUGAACCUAACAAUCGACCAGUUCAAAUGUCUGGUUUUCGUGACCGGACUGAAGGCAUCCAAGCACGCUGAUAUUCGGACGAGAUUGCUCACCCGGAUGGAAAACGAGAGACCGGAUGCACCAGUGACUCUUCAAACUCUCAUCGACGAGUUCCAGCAGCUCGUUAAUCUGAAAGCAGACACCAGCUUGAUUGAGCAUCCAGCCAGCUCGAAAGCAGCAGUACACGCCAUCUGUGAGAAGAAGAGACCAUCAGAAGUUCCCAAGCCCUCGUUUAAACCGGAAGCCAAAUCUCCAAAGACGCCGUGCUGGCAAUGCGGCCAGAUGCACUUCGUGAAGGAUUGCACAUACAGCAGCCAUCUGUGCAAAUCUUGCAACCGUGUGGGACACAAGGAAGGGUACUGCGGAUGCUUCACCAAGACUUCAAACGCGCCUGCUGGGGAUAAUUCCAACCAAAAGGGUAAGAAGAACCAGAAGAAGAAGACCAAGUACCAUGCCAACAUCGUUCACACUGUAAACCACACCGGUAAUCUCACCCGUUUCGUCACGACAAUGAUGAACGGACGUCAAGCCACACUGCAACUCGACAGUGGAUCACCAAUCACCAUCAUCAGUGAAGAGACUUGGAGGAAGGUUGGAUCACUUGCACUCAAGCCAUCGUCCUGUGAAGCACUUUCUGCAACCAAAGAUCCUCUGCCGCUGCUGGGGGAAUUCACCUGUCUCGUAGGAGUCAACGACGUCAUCAAGCCUGGACUAUGCCGAGUAACGUCAGUCAAGGGACUCAACCUGUUCGGCUCGGAAUGGAUGGACCUCUUCGAGAUGUGGACGAAACCAUUGUCAUCGUUCAUUAAUCAAGUGAAUCAAUCCAAUUCAAAUUCCUUUUCUGGAAAGCAUUUCCUCAUGCGGUUUCCCGAAGUUUUUCAGGACACUCUUGAGCAUUGCCAGAAAGCUCAAAUCAGUCUUCACCUGAAGCCAGAUGCCAGACCGAUUUUUCGACCCAAACGCCCGGUUCCAUACAACGCCAUUCCCUUGGUCGAAACCGAGCUCAAUCGUCUGCAGCAGUUGGGCAUUAUCUCACCAGUAGAUUACUCCGACUGGGCAGCUCCUAUCGUGGCAGUUCGGAAGCCGGGUGGCAAGGUUCGAAUUUGUGCCGACUACUCAACUGGGCUGAACUCGAUGCUGGAGGCGCACAAUUUUCCGCUUCCCACACCGGACGACAUCUUCUCGAAGUUGACAGGAAGCAAAGCGUUUAGCAUAAUCGAUCUGUUGGACGCUUACCUACAGGUUGAAGUCGACGAUGCAUCGAAGCGACUCCUCACCAUCAACACCCACCGGGGCCUAUUCAACUUCAACAGGCUGGCUCCUGGUGUAAAGUCAGCACCCGGUGCUUUCCAACAGCUUAUGCACACCAUGAUUGCUGGGAUUUCCGGUGUUGAGGUGUUCCUGGAUGACUUCAUCAUCUUCAGCAAAAACGAGGAGCAACACUAUCAGACGUUGUGCACCCUGUUCAGUUGCCUCCAAGAAUAUGGGUUCCAUCUGAAGCUGGAAAAGUGUCAUUUCUAUCAGCGGGAAAUCAAAUAUCUGGGGCACAUCGUCGACGCAAAUGGCCUACGGCCGGAUCCGGAGAAAACAGCAGCAAUUUCCACGAUGCCACGUCCAACCGAUAUUUCCACACUGCGAUCGUUCUUGGGCGCAGUGAAUUUUUACGGAAAAUUCAUCCGUGAAAUGCAUCAACUCCGAAGACCGCUGGAUCAACUUCUGAAAAAAGAUGCAAAAUUCGUUUGGAGUGCCGAAUGCCAACAAGCCUUCACCGACAUCAAGCAAGUUCUUCAGUCGGACCUAUUACUUACCCACUAUGACCCAGCGUUGGAGAUCAUCGUGGCGGGUGAUGCAUCCAACACCGGCAUUGGAGCGGUCAUCAUGCAUCGUUUCCCGGACGGUCGUAUCAAGGCAGUCGCUCAUGCGUCCAAGACUCUGUCGUCGGCUGAACAAAACUACGGACAAAUCGAAAAGGAGGCGCUCGCUCUGGUCUUUGCUGUCACCAAGUUCCACCGCAUGCUGUUGGGACGAAGGUUCAAGCUACAGACUGACCACCAGCCACUGGUGAAAGCCUUUGGAUCGAAGAAAGGAGUUCCCAUCCACACGGCAAAUCGGUUGAAGCGUUGGGCACUUACACUGCUUGGGUACGAUUUCGAUAUCGAGUUCGUAUCUACCAACAAUUUCGGCUAUGCGGAUGUACUAUCGAGGCUCAUCAGCAGCCACGAGCGACCAGAGGAAGAAUUUGUGGUGGCAAGUGUCAACAUCGAGCCCGAUCAGCAGUGCAUUCUGGACAGCACCAUCGAACACCUACCAGUCACAUUCGAUAUGGUGCAGAAAGCUACGUCAGCAGACCCAAUGUUGCAGCGACUCAUCCAGUACAUCAACUCCGGCUGGCCCAAGAACGGAAAAUCGAUUCAGAAUGUAGCAUUUCAGACGUUUUUCCAUCGGCGUGAAUCAUUAUACGUUGUACAAGGUUGCGUGAUGAUGAUGGAACGGUUGGUGAUUCCGGAGUGUUUCCGGAAGAAACUAUUGAAGCAGCUACAUCGAGGUCAUCCCGGAAUCGAACGAGUCAAAGCCAUCGCUCGGAGCAUCAUCUACUGGCCGAAGAUCGAUGACGACAUCACUGAGUACAUUCGAAGCUGUACCAGCUGUGCGAAUGCGAAAAAAUCUCCACCACAAGAAGAGCCACAUCCGUGGCAGACCGCAGAAGGUCCAUGGGAACUGGCCAGAGAUGUUCCAGACGAAAUCAACGACAGCUUCUUCGACGAUCGGGUUCCUCACUGA